AGUGCAGGAAGCUAAAGAUCUGAUUCUCCAGACACAACAAUUGUGCAAGGUUGCAGGCCUACAUCUGCAUAAGUUCAAUUCAAAUCAAAUUGACGUCCUCUCUUGUGUAGCCCCCUCGGAAAGGGCAGUAGCCACCAAUUCCCUUAAUCUCCAACUAGAUGUGAUACCAGACAGACACGUGCUUGGCAUUCAGUGGUUAAUAGAAAGUGACACCUUCACUUUCAACCUAAAUACAAAGGACCAUCCUUCAACUCGCCGUGGCCUCCUAGCGGUUAUAGCCUCUCUGUUCGACCCACUUGGUUUUGUGGCUCCUUUUACUUUAAUGGGAAAACGCAUACUACAGGAGCUAUGUCGUAGAGGCAUUGAAUGGGACGAUCCAAUUCCUGAGUGCAUGCGCUCACGGUGGGAGCAGUGGAAAAAUGGACUCCAAGGAUUAAAGGAAAUAGCUAUACCAAGGUGUUAUCAUCCUCAUAACUUUGGUAACAUUGUUAGAGUGGAAUUGCACCACUUUUCAGAUGCUAGUAAUGUAGGAUAUGGCUCAUGUUCCUACUUAAGGUAUAAAAAUGACAAGGACGAGAUUCAUUGUUGUCUUGUUAUGGCUAAGGCACGGGUUGCACCUUUAAAAAUCAUAAGCAUCCCAAGAUUAGAGCUGUCAGUUGCAGUUACCUCAGCCAAGAUGAGUGUUAUGCUGAAGGCAGAGCUAGAGAUUAAAAUUGAUGAAGAAUUCUUUUGGACUGACUCUCAGGUCGUGCUGGCUUACAUCAACAAUGAAGCACGGAGAUUCAAUGUGUUUGUGGCAAACCGUGUUCAACUAAUAAGAGAGUGUACAGACCCAAGUCAAUGGCAUUAUGUUGACACAGCACAAAACCCAGCUGACCAUGCCUCGAGAGGUCUUGAGGCAGGAGAGAUCUCUUCAGUUAGUUGGUUAUCAGGGCCCAAGUUUCUAUGGGAACAAGAGGCGCUCUCACCACCUAAGCCCUCUACCGAGCUGCUUGUUGGAGAUCCCGAGGUUAAGUCAAUUCGAGUAUUUGUAAGUCAGGUCAGUGCGGUUGAAGAUAUUAUAAGCCGCUUGAGUCGUUUCUCCAUGUGGACAACAGUUGUCAAAGUUGUCGCAAGAAUCAAAAGACUAGGGUCCAAACUAAAACAGCACAGUGACUUUGUCACUGUCGAGGAACGCAAGGGAGCUGCUAAAGUGAUAAUUAAUCUCAUCCAGCAACAGGCCUUCUCUAAAGAACUAAAUAUUCUUAAAGGUGACCUUAAGGAGGCAACUCUUCCAAGGUCAAGCCCUCUUUUCCGCCUUGAUCCCAUUCUGAAUGAAGGACUGCUUCGUGUUGGGGGAAGAUUGAACGGGUCAACCCUCAGUCAAGAAUUAAAGCAUCCCAUUAUUCUGCCUAAAGAUAGCCAUAUUACUAAGUUGAUUCUAUCUCACUACCAUAACCAAAUCCAUCAUCAGGGACGAACUCAAACCCUAAUGGAACUCAGAGCUAACGGAUUUUGGACCAUCGGUGGAAGCAAAUCAGUUGCUAAGCUGAUCCACAAAUGUGUGUGGUGCCGGAAAUUAAGAAUACCGGCUGAAGAGCAAAGAAUGUCUGAACUCCCUGUAGAACGCUGUGAGGCCUCAGCCCCCUUCACAUUUUGUGGAAUGGAUUGCUUCGGCCCCUUUGUUGUUAAGAAGGGUCGCAAGGAGCACAAGAGAUAUGGACUCAUCUUUACGUGCUUGUACUCUCGAGCAGUCCAUAUUGAAAUGCUUGAGGAUAUGUCCACUGAUGCUCUCAUAAAUGCUCUAAGGUGCUUUGUUAGCCUUAGAGGAGCUGUUAGCCAACUUCGCUGUGAUCAGGGUUCAAAUUUCGUGGGAGCCAAAAAUGAGCUUAAGGAAGCCCUUAAACAAUGUGAUACAAAGGCAUUGGAGACCUUUCUGGCAGAUAAGCAGUGUGAGUUUAUUUUCAACGCUCCUUCUGCAAGUCAUGCAGGUGGCAUUUGGGAGCGUCAGAUUCGGUCCAUUCGGAGUGUGUUGAAUGUUACAAUUGCACAAUGUCAAGGAAGACUGGAUGAGGCCUCUCUCAGAACACUAUUUUACGAAGCGAUGGCUAUAAUAAACAGCCGUCCAUUGCAUGUCGAUGUAAUCAAUGACCCCAUGUCACUAGAACCCUUGACUCCAAAUCAUAUCAUCCUGAUGAAAUCCAAGACUGCCUUACCCCCUCCUGGAAAGUUUGUUAAAGAGGACAUGUAUGCUGCAAAAGGGUGGCGCAGAGUACAAUACUUAGUCGAACAAUUCUGGAGCCGUUGGAAGAAAGAGUACCUGCUGAAUGUUUCCGUAAGACAAAAAUGGCACACACCUCGACGAAACUUGAAGGUGGAUGACAUAGUCAUCAUCAAGGAAGACUCACUUCCUAGGAAUGAGUGGCGUCUUGGAAGAGUGGUUGAGACCACAGAAGGAAUUGAUGGUUUAGUCCGUCGUGUGAAAGUACAAGUUGCAGAGCGCAAGAUGUCAGGGAAAAAUUACCAUCAUUCCAAACCCUCAGUUAUUGAACGACCGAUUCAAAGGUUAGUUCUUUUAAUAGAAAGUGAAUAAUUGGUUAUCAACUUAAAGUACACUUGCAUCAGACAUGUUAUUCUAAUUGCUUUACAAGGGUGAUAUCUUCCUCCUAUAUAUGAAACCUACUUUACAUAUAGCCACUUGUUAUAAAGAAGAAAUCAUGCAUGAUUAUCUGUUUGUUGUUUAUCAUAACAUGAUUUGGUGGGAGUGUAAGUGGCUUUGGGCUUUCAUUUGUUUGAACCGUUGUUCAUGUACAGCAUUUGGCAGCAUUUGUUCACGUGCAGGGUUGUGUGUGCGUGUGUAUGCGGAACCUGUUUUCGGGAUAAGAUUGACCGGAGGAAUUUAUUUAUGUUGCGCAUGUUCACAACAUGUGCUCCUUUUUCUUGGUUAGCUGUUGGUUUUGUCUCUGCAUGUGCUCAGGGCAAUAGCAUGGAUCACAUACUUUUGUAAGUUUUUUAUUUUUGCACACCGGUACUGGAUUGUCAGAGUUUAGCAGAGUUGGUAUUGUUUUGCACCCUUGGUAAAGCGGAGCGAGUUUCACGGUGUUAAACGGUGAUGACUGGUGGAUGCUUCAUGUUAAAGAGUACGACUCGUGAACUGAAGACGUGUCCCAAUAAAUGAUCUACACCCGUUUAGAGACUCUCUGUUCAUUUAUCGAUGCCAAGGGCUGCUACAAAA